UCACACGUGUAAGCAACAAAAUGGUGCGAGAAGGUUACCCCAAUAGAGGAACGAAAAGAGCGAAAGUAUUUGCCAUCACAAAGGGAUUCCGUGGCAGGGCUAAUAAUUGCUACUCCCUUGCUGUAAGAGCUGCUCAGAAAGCACUUCAACAUGCUUACAAGGGAAGGAAGCAGAAGAAAAGGGACAUGAGAUCUAUGUGGAUUCAAAGAAUUAAUUUAGGAUCUCGUGAGCACGGCAUGCCUUAUAAUUAUCUUAUGAACGGACUUGCAAAAAGUAGCAUUCAGUUAAAUAGAAAAGUUUUGUCUGAGAUUGCAGUGCAUGAGCCAAGGACAUUUAAAGCGUUGGUUGAUAUAGCUCAGUUCAGUUGUGGAAGACAGCCAAUGCGCUCAUAUCACAAAAGAACUACACCACAAGCAACAGCUAGUGUCCCUCCACAAAACCCUGAGCUAUAUAAGACCAGGACUGUACUAGCUAAUGAUGGGAAAAGACUCGUAAAAGAAACUGAUGUGUAAAUGAUAAUAAUAAUAAUAAUUAUUAUUAUUAUUAUUAUUAUAGU